UGAUGUGUUUGAAAUGUAGUGCCCCGAUUCUCGGAACAGGAUUGAACGAUAGCGCGUUCUGACAGCGGCCUAGGACGUAUUGUUAGGCAGCUUUGGUCUUUCUUGUUUGAAUGGAAGGGGCAUUUCAAGAUGUCCAUCCGGCUUGUGUCUUAUUCCAUCCUUCAACUUAGUCAGAAACAGAAAAUCUUCCUGGGAAAAUGUUACAUCUACUUGUUCACCGAAAUCGGCUUCCAGCACUUUCAUGACAUCUUCAGGAGUGACCAUUUCCUUGACCUGGGUCUUGAGAACAAAAUGAACUUCAGUUUUAAGCUGAACUGGUUGCUGUAACUGUCCUUUUAGAUGAGCUGAUGGUUUGGGUUGAGGGAUUACUUGCUUCACUAUGAUGCGAUGACUCGCUCCAAUUGCAUCACAGCCAUGCUCAGAAUGUUGGACAUGGCUCACUAUACUCCAACCUAGGUCUGUUCUCUGAGCAAAGGGUUGAUCUCCUUCUCCACAUACUACUUCCCUUGGCAUUAAGGCUUGUGGGCAAUUAUACCCUAUCAAUAGGCCGAUCUCACACUUCCUUUGUGGAGAAAUGUGUGGCGCAAGAUGUUUCAAAUGCGGCCAUGCUCUUGCAGUCUCUGGAGUUGGAAUAUGUGAUCGAUUGGCCGGAAUGAACUCGCGAGUAUAAGCUGUUGGCACUGUGAUCUUUUUGAAUGAAGACAGCCCCCUUAUCUGCAGUCCCUUAAGCCUCUUACAAGAUACGAUGAUUCCCCUUGAUGACAUUGUUGACAGCUUAAGCUUUACUGGUUCGCCUUCCAGCUCCAGUGCAUCAGCCACUUCUUCUAAGAUAAAGGAAGAAUCACUCUGUGAGUCUAACAACGCAUAAACAAGGAGUUCCUUAUCUGAACCACAUGACACAUACACAGGUACGAUUGCUGACGUCUGCAUGCUGUGGUCAUCCUGCAUAACCCUGUUAGAUGUGGCUUCUGCAAUAUCAUCUUGUGGUGUUAAGAGCAACUGUUCUUCACUGGAAUUUACCACUUCAAACUGUUGUCUUUGUUGUUGUGGGCGAUCUUCAUGUAAAGAGGUAGGGUGGCGUCUUGAACAAACAUCACAAAACAUCCUUCUGGGACAGCUCUUGAAUUGAUUGCCAGGGUUUAAACAGCCAAAGCACAGCCUUUCAUUCUGAACGAAUUUUAUUCUGCCAGCAAGUGGCCUUUCUAAGAAAGUUUGGCACUUCUGUAGGCUAUGACCAGUUCUCUUACAAAGAACACAUGUGGUGGACCCCCCUUCAUUUGUACUGGUGUUAAAGGUCUUUACACUGAAGGUUUGAGUGUUGGAAACGGCUGUACUUGUAUUCUUAUUCUUAGCCUUAUCAGUCUCACAGGGCCGCAAUUAGUGGUGUGCAAACUAAUCGUCAUGGCGAUGCAUUGCAUCGCCAACUUUCACGAUAUACUGCAUCGAUUCUUGAUGCCAAAUAUCGAUUAUUAACGUUAAAAAAUAAAUGAAUAAAACUGUAUGAACGGUAGGCGAAUAUCAGCCAAAAACAAGUAGCCUAGGAUACAACAUCCAAUCAUGUAGAUGGCGCAGUGGAGUUGUUGACGCCCGCUGCCUUCUUCAUGCCAUUGGUAUUUCCGAAGGCGGGCGCCUAAUGCUCUCUCUGUUUGCAACAUGGACGAAGCCGAGAAGAUUCGCGUGCCUCCCUCACAGUUUAAAGCCGAUGUUUGGACGCAUUUCGGCUUCCGAAACAAAGACGGUAAAAAUGAAAUGGACAUGACUCACGCAAUUUGUAGACACUGUAGCAUGUCGAUAAAGUAUUGUGGAAAUACAACAAACUUAAGAGCACACAUUCAGAGGCGCCAUCCAGACAAACUGCAACAGCAACAACCACUACAACCCAUGAUAAAACAAACAACCCUCGACAGCAAGCUCGCACCCUCAUCUGUACGUGCGAAAAAAAUAACUGAGUCCAUUGCAGAAUUCAUUUGCCAAGAUUUACGGCCAUAUUGCGUGGUGGAAAAUCGUGGGUUCAGAAGUAUGAUAAACACACUCGAGCCUCGUUAUGUGAUCCCUAGCCGAAAACAAUUUACAGAAGUAAUGAUCCCGGACAUGUAUGAAAAGGUAAAGCUACAAGUUAAAUAAUCCCUCGCCUCUACAGAAAGCGUUGCCCUCACAUGCGAUGGAUGGACUUCGCGAGCCACAGAGCCAUACCUCACUAUAACAUCGCACCACAUUGACGAGAGCUGGGAGUUGGUUUCUCACGUGUUACAGACUAGGGCUCUGUUUGAGUCCCACACCGGCACCAACAUUGCUCAGGUGCUGAGAGCGGCGCUGGAAGAAUGGGAGCUUAUUAACAAAGACCCUGCAAUAGUAACAGACAAUGCCUCGAAUAUGACCAUCGCUGCACAGCUGGCACGCAUGCAACAUUUCAAGUGUUUCGCCCACACCUUGAAUUUGGCAUCUCAGCGUGCCCUGAAACUCCCCACUGUCAGUAGAUUGUUAGGAAGAGUAAGACGGGUGACUGCAUUUUUCAGACGCAGUACUGUUGCGUCCCACGUAUUGCGUGAGAAGCAAGGUUUGCUGAAUCUCCCUCGCCACAAAUUGAUGACAGACGUCGCCACUCGCUGGAACAGCGCGCACGACAUGCUGGAGCGUUUCUUGGAGCAACAGCCUGCCAUCCACGCUGCGCUCCUGUCUGCCGAAAUGCGGAAGUCUGAGAAGGACAUCUGCACACUUAGAGUCUGACAUAACUGCUGCUGAGGAGGUCGUCGCUGCCAUGAAACCUAUGAAAGUAGCCACACUCGCAAUAUCAGAGGAGACCAGUCCAACGCUAUCUAUUGUAGCGCCACUCCAUGCUCAACUCGUCCAUCAGCUUCAAGACAACCCGAGUGAUUCCACAUUGACAAGGGAACUUAAAACCACAAUAUGCCAGGAUCUUAACAAGAGAUACUUAAAUGAAAAGGAGGCGCUGUAUAAGGCCUCGGCUCUUGAUCCCCGUUUUAAGGCCCUACCUUUCCUUUCCGAGGACGAGAGGGAAGAUGUCUACAAUGGAAUAACUGCAGAAGCUACCAGGACCAAGUGGGCAUUACAGCAAAGCAAAAGUGGACUUCAGGCAGAAUCAAUGGAGGAUGGCAGCCAGGAUCCUGACCAAGAAGACAUGUCUGCAAUAUGUUCAUCAAAAUCACCAAAACCUUGUUCUCUAGCUGAUCUACUUGGGCAGACAUAUGCAGCAGGUGCUGCAAAGAAAUCGAAAACAGCUGAGGACCAGGUGAUCGAGGAGAUCACAAGAUAUAAGGAGGAGGCACCCCUGGCACUUGGUGUCAACCCACUGGAGUGGUGGAAGGAACAUGAGUGCCAGUAUCCUUUUCUUUCAAAAGUCGCCAAGAAACACCUGUGCAUCCCAGGGACUAGUGUCCCCUCUGAGAGGGUUUUCUCUACUGCUGGGGACAUAAUAACUGCCAAACGAAGUGCAAUUGCCCCUGAGCACCUGGACCAGCUGCUUUUCCUGAAUAAAAACAUAAAGCACUAGCAAUACUAGGAAUGCCAUUGUAUCUGUGACUAGUUAGUUAUGAAUGGACACUGGACACAUUCAGUUCUAUUGAUCAUAUGCACUUUUUUCUCAGUGUGCCAUCUGAUGUCUGUUAAAUGUUAUUGUUAAUGGCAGCUACUUAAAAUGGCAGUCACUGAUGAGCCUUAUUUUAUUAGUUUUCUUUUAUUAUUCUACCUUAAUCAUUUGCACUUUUUGUAAUUAGUGUGUCCACCAAAGUAUUAAGAAUGUUUUAAUGGCAAUAAUGUUAAAUAAAUUCAUGUAUAUAUGAACUGAGUUGCUGUGUGAUGUAUCAAUUGAAGACACUAUCCAGAUCGUACACAGCCACUGGUAAUUAUGCUCUAUUUUUUACAUUUUCACUUAAAUAUAUUGAAAAUAUCGCAAUGCAUCGCAAUGAUUCAAGAAUCGUGAUGAAUCGUGAUAGUAUCGCAUCGUGGCAUGUGAAUCGUGAUUCGAAUUGAAUCGUGAAGUCUUUGCCAAUA